GUCUUCGCCUGCUGGACCGGGUGCGGAGGAUAAGCUCCAGCACGGGAUCAACACUUUGAGAACGCUUGCAGUUCCGGGCCUCCCUUUUUAGGAAUACAAAAACUUUUUGUAACCAUGUCGAGGACGACAGAUAUGUGGAGAUGGACCUGUCUCAUUUCCCCUCUUCUCCUCUGUGCUGUGACUUUGCCUUCAGUUGGUAGGCAACAGCCGUCCCACCCAAAGAGACCUUUCCUCACCUUCAUCGUGGAUAAGGCCGACGAGUAUUUUAACCACUUGGUGGUAGACGAGAGGAAAGGGCACAUUUAUUUGGGGGCCGUCAAUCGGAUCUACAAACUUUCCAGCGACCUGAAGGAGCUGGUGACUCACGAAACGGGUCCCGAUAUCGACAACCCAAAAUGUUAUCCUCCCAGACUGGUCCAGCCUUGUAACGAACAGUUGACGUCUACCAACAACGUCAACAAAAUGCUCCUCAUAGACUACAAAGAGAACAGGUUGAUUGCCUGCGGUAGUUUAUACCAGGGCAUCUGUAAACUCUUGAGGCUGGAUGACCUGUUCAAGCUAGGAGAACCCUUUCACAACAAGGAGCAUUACCUCUCCGGGGUGAACGAAAGCGGCUCCGUUUUUGGAGUGAUCGUCUCGUACAACAACAUGGACGACAAGUUGUUCAUUGCGACUGCAGUAGAUGGCAAGCCGGAGUAUUUCCCCACCAUCUCCAGCAGAAAGCUGCCCAAGAACUCGGAGGCGGAAGGGAUGUUUGCGUAUGUCUUCCAUGACGAGUUUGUCGCCUCUAUGAUCAAGAUCCCAUCAGAUACCUUCACUAUCAUCCCAGACUUUGACAUCUACUACAUCUAUGGCUUCAGCAGCGGUAAUUUUGUCUACUUUCUGACUCUCCAGCCUGAGAUGAUUUCUCCACCUGGUUCCACCACCAAGGAGCAGGUCUAUACUUCUAAGCUCGUUCGCCUCUGCAAGGAGGACACGGCGUUCAACUCUUAUGUUGAGGUCCCCAUUGGCUGUGAGAAGAACGGAGUGGAAUACCGAUUGCUCCAAGCGGCCUAUUUGUCCAAGGCAGGGUCCAUCUUGGCCAGGUCUUUGGGCAUCCGGCCAGAGGAUGACAUCCUCUUUGCUGUCUUCUCCAAGGGACAGAAGAGGAAAAUGAAGUCACUGGAUGAGUCAGCUCUGUGCAUAUUCGUCCUAAAAAAGAUUAACGACCGUAUUAAGGAGAGGCUGCAAUCCUGCUAUAGGGGCGAAGGUACAUUGGAUCUGGCCUGGCUUAAAGUGAAAGAUAUUCCCUGUAGCAGUGCGCUGUUGACCAUUGAUGAUGAUUUCUGUGGCCUGGAUAUGAACGCCCCACUGGGAGUAUCGGAAAUGGUGCGAGGGCUCCCCAUCUUCACCGAAGACCGGGACAGAAUGACGUCGGUCAUCGCUUACGUCUACAAGAACCACUCUCUGGCUUUCGUGGGCACCAAGAGCGGCAAGCUGAAAAAGAUCCGCGUGGAUGGCCCUAUCAAAGGAGCACUGGAGUAUGAGAUUGUUCAGGUGGUGGAUUCCGGGCCGAUACUGCGGGAUAUGGCCUUUUCAGUGGAUCACGAGCAUCUCUAUAUCAUGUCUGACAAACAGCUCACCAGAGUGCCAGUGGAGUCGUGCGAACAGUACAAGAGCUGCAGCGAAUGCCUGGGCUCUGGGGACCCCCACUGUGGAUGGUGUGUACUCCACAACACGUGCACCAGGAAAGAGCAAUGUGAAAGGUCCCACGAGCCCCGGAGGUUCGCCUCAGAGAUGAGGCAGUGUGUCCGGCUCACCGUGCACCCCAACAACAUCUCGGUCUCCCAGUAUAGCGUGCUGCUGGUUUUGGAAACUUACAACGUCCCCGAGCUGUCGGCCGGUGUCAACUGCACUUUCGAGGAUCUUUCGGAAAUGGACGGUGUGGUGAUGGGGAACAAGAUUCGGUGCUACUCCCCGGCGGCCAAGGAAGUGCCAAAGAUCAUCACAGAGAAUGGAGACCAUCACAUUGUCCAGCUACAGCUCAAAUCAAAGGAGACCGGCAUGACUUUCGCCAGCACCAGUUUUGUCUUCUACAACUGCAGUGUCCACAACUCGUGCCUGUCCUGCGUCGAAAGCCCAUACAGGUGCCACUGGUGCAAAUACCGCCACGUCUGCACUCAUGAGCCUCAGACCUGCCACUUCGUAGAAGGACGAGUCAAACUUCCUGAGGACUGCCCUCAGUUGUUGCAGGUCAGUAAGAUCUUGGUGCCCGUGGAAGUCGUCAAGCCGAUAACCCUAAAGGCCAAGAAUCUGCCGCAGCCCCAGUCGGGACAGCGGGGUUACGAGUGCAUCCUCAACAUCCAAGGCAGCGAGCAGAGGGUGCCGGCCUUGAGGUUCAACAGCUCCAGCGUCCAGUGCCAGAACACUUCGUAUUCUUACGACGGGAUGGAAAUUAACAGCCUGCCGGUGGAGCUGACAGUCGUGUGGAAUGGGAAUUUCAACAUCGACAACCCCGCACAGAACAAAGUUCACCUAUACAAAUGUGGAGCGAUGCGAGAGAGUUGCGGUCUGUGCUUGAAGGCGGAUCCGGACUAUGAGUGCGGCUGGUGUGAGGGUCAGAACCAGUGCACACUGAAACACCACUGCCCUAUUCUAGAGAACCGGUGGCUGGAACUCUCCGGAACUGGAGGAAAGUGCACCAAUCCCAAGAUAACCGGGAUCAGCCCAGUCAGAGGACCCCGAGAAGGAGGCACCAGGGUGACCAUCCGAGGAGAAAACCUGGGCCUGGAGUUCCGGGACAUUGCAUCGCAUGUCAAAGUAGCCGGCGUCGAGUGUGUUCCCCUGGUGGAAGGAUAUAUACCAGCGGAGCAAAUAGUGUGCGAGAUGGGAGAAGCCAAGCUCAGCCAGCACGCUGGGUACGUGGACAUCUGCGUGGCCGAAUGCAAGCCGGAGUUCACAGCCAGAUCCUCCCAACUGUAUUACUUUACGACUCUGACCCUUUCUGACCUAAAUCCCAAGCGAGGCCCGGUAUCAGGCGGCACUCAGAUCACGAUCACUGGCAAAAACCUGCAAGCUGGCAGCAACGUCUCCGUGUGGUUGGGCGUGCAGCCCUGCCUUUCCCCCAGGAGGACUGUCGACUUCAUCGUCUGCAAUACCACAGCCUCCAGCAGUGGCUUGACGAAAGUGGAAGUCAUGGUGAGAGUGGACAAGGCCAAAAUACACAAGGAGUUGGCGAAGGUGCCAAAAGAGCUGGAGUUCGAAUAUGUGGAAGAUCCAACCAUUGUGCGAAUAGAGCCAGAAUGGAGCAUUGUCAGUGGAAAUACUCCCAUCACUGUUUGGGGCACAAACUUGGACCUGAUUCAAAACCCUCAGAUCCGGGCCAAGUAUGGCGCCAAAGAACACAUCAAUGUGUGUGAAGUGCAGAAUGAAACGGAGAUGACCUGUCAAGCGCCAGCCCUGGCGGUCGACCCCAGCAACCAGUCUGAUCUCACCGAGCGACCCGACGAGUUUGGCUUCAUCUUGGACAACGUCCAGUCCUUACUGGUCCUCAACAAAACCAACUUCACUUACUACCCGAAUCCGGUCUUUGAGGCUUUCAACCCUCCUGGGGUCUUGGAACUGAAGCCAGGAACGCCGGUUAUAAUAAAGGGGAAGAACCUGAUCCCACCCGUCACAGGAGGGAACGCCAAGCUGAAUUACACGGUGCUGGUGGGCGAGAAGCCCUGCGCUGUCACGGUAUCGGACGCGCAGCUGCUGUGCGAGUCUCCGAAUCUUAUAGGACGGCACAAAGUGAUGGCUCGCGUUGGGGGGAUGGAGUUCUCCCCUGGGAUGGUGUACAUCUCCCCCGACAGCCCCCUGAGCCUGACCGCCAUCGUCAGCAUCGCCGUGGCCGGGGGGCUGCUCAUCAUCUUCAUCGUGGCCGUGCUGAUCGCCUACAAGCGCAAGUCCCGGGAGAGCGACCUCACCCUCAAACGCCUCCAGAUGCAGAUGGACAACCUGGAGUCCCGGGUGGCCUUGGAGUGCAAGGAAGCUUUUGCCGAACUGCAGACCGACAUUCACGAGCUGACGAGCGACUUGGACGGAGCUGGGAUCCCCUUCCUCGAUUACCGGACGUACACGAUGAGGGUGCUUUUCCCCGGCAUCGAAGACCAUCCUGUGCUGAGGGAUCUGGAGGUCCCCGGGUAUCGGCAGGAGCGGGUCGAGAAAGGCCUGAAGCUGUUUGCCCAGCUCAUCAACAACAAGUUCUUCCUCCUCUCCUUCAUCCGCACCCUGGAGUCCCAGCGCAGCUUCUCCAUGCGGGACCGGGGCAACGUGGCCUCGCUGAUCAUGACGGUGUUACAGAGCAAACUAGAGUACGCCACCGAUGUCCUCAAGCAGCUGCUGGCCGACCUCAUCGACAAGAACUUGGAGAGCAAGAACCACCCCAAGCUGCUGCUCAGAAGGACAGAAUCCGUUGCCGAAAAGAUGCUCACCAACUGGUUUACCUUCCUGCUCUACAAAUUCCUCAAGGAAUGUGCCGGCGAGCCACUCUUCUCCCUGUUCUGUGCCAUCAAGCAGCAGAUGGAGAAGGGCCCCAUCGACGCCAUCACUGGGGAAGCACGAUACUCCUUGAGCGAGGACAAGCUCAUCCGGCAGCAGAUAGACUACAAGACCCUGGUUCUCAGCUGCGUGAACCCAGAUAACGUGAACAGCCCCGAGAUCCCAGUGAAGAUCCUGAACUGCGACACCAUUACGCAAGUCAAGGAGAAGAUCCUCGAUGCCAUCUUCAAGAACGUCCCUUGCUCCCACCGGCCCAAAGCCGCCGACAUGGAUCUAGAAUGGCGGCAGGCGAGCGGGGCUAGAAUGAUCCUUCAAGACGAGGACCUCACGACCAAGAUCGAAAACGACUGGAAGAGGCUCAAUACCCUUGCCCAUUAUCAGGUGCCAGAUGGGUCCGUGGUAGCCCUGGUCUCCAAGCAAGUGACAGCCUACAACGCUGUCAACAACUCUACUGUUUCCAGGACCUCGGCUAGCAAGUAUGAAAACAUGAUCCGCUACACGGGAAGCCCGGACAGCUUGCGCUCCCGGACACCCAUGAUCACGCCUGACUUGGAGAGCGGGGUCAAGAUGUGGCAUCUGGUCAAGAACCACGAACACGGCGAUCAGAAGGAAGGCGACCGAGGGAGCAAAAUGGUGUCAGAGAUCUAUCUGACCCGGCUGCUGGCGACCAAGGGCACUUUACAGAAGUUUGUCGACGACCUCUUCGAGACAAUCUUCAGCACCGCCCAUCGUGGCAGCGCCCUCCCCCUGGCCAUCAAGUACAUGUUUGACUUUUUGGAUGAGCAGGCCGACAAGCACAACAUCCACGACCCCCACGUCCGGCACACCUGGAAGAGCAACUGCUUGCCAUUGAGGUUUUGGGUCAACAUGAUCAAGAACCCGCAGUUCGUCUUCGACAUCCACAAGAACAGCAUCACGGACGCCUGCCUGUCGGUGGUGGCACAGACCUUCAUGGACUCGUGUUCGACCUCGGAGCACCGCCUGGGCAAAGAUUCCCCGUCCAACAAGCUCCUCUACGCCAAGGACAUCCCCAGUUACAAGAACUGGGUGGAGAGGUACUACUCGGAUAUCGGCAAGAUGCCGGCUAUCAGCGACCAGGACAUGAACGCCUACCUGGCUGAGCAGUCCCGCAUGCACAUGAACGAAUUCAACACCAUGAGCGCGCUCUCCGAGAUCUACUCCUACGUGGGCAAGUACAGUGAAGAGAUCCUCGGGGCCCUCGAUCAAGACGACCAGGCCGGCAAGCAGAAACUGGCCUACAAACUUGAACAAGUUAUAACCCUCAUGAGCAUAGAGAGCUGAGAACCGCCCUACCAGGGGACUCCCUGGGAGGGAUGGAAAGAAUGAAAGAAAAAAAAACCAAGCCGUGCCUCAGUCCAGAACAUCCUCUUUACCAAGUGCAAGUUUCUGAUCGGCCUCCGAGCUGAGUCACCUGGACCGUUCUCGACUCCUCUCUGGCUCGCUUGCCGAAC